AUGGUCUCAAAAUCCAGCAGUCAGAUUUAUCCAGUGCAAUGUUGUUGAUUUUCCUUCAAAAAGAAAUAUAUUGAUAUAAACACCGAAAAUGAAUAAUCCGAUGUUCGAGAUGGACAAAAUUUGUCGCCUCUGCUUGCAGAAUAUCCAAACAGGCUCUCUCGUGAAUCUCUUCGCUGCCAACUUUUCGAUUCGUCCCUUGGAUAUGAUUUCUCGCUGUGCAUCGGUUGAAAUAUACGAAAAAGAUGGACUUCCGGCUGCGAUCUGCAACGAUUGCUUUUACAAGCUGGGCAUGGCCUACGAGUUUCGAAAUCGGUGCGAGGUGUCAGACAAAAAGUUAAGAGAAUAUAUCCAGCUUUCGGAUGGACCUAGUCGUGAUGAGAAUCACGUCGAAAUUGUAAAGGAAGAUGAAAUCUACGCUGCAAUGAGCGAGCUUUUUGGACAGGAUGUCGGCCCUAAUUCGAAGGAGGAAGAAUUCGGAGAUGCGAAAGCUUCGGAGGAAAUAAUUGAUAUUUCUGAUACAAUGGAGAAAUGCCCGAAAAUAACGAAGGAUACACAAUUCACAAAGAAACGGGCGCUGUUGGAUGAGUUGCUGGUAAAACAUAAAGCAAAAAUGAAACAGGAGAAACCUGUGGUCAACAUAUUCAAACCUCGUCGGGUAAGGAGGAAAGCUGCUGCUGGACAGAGCAAAAAAGGAACAUUUCUGAAGGUACCGGAACAGUGUUUUACAUGUGGUAAAACGUUCAAUUACAGUGGGUAUCUGUUGGCCCAUCAAAGAAUUCACUCGGGAGAGAAACCAUAUGAAUGUCAAAUUUGUCAGCGUCGAUUUGCACAAUCUGGCAAUCUAAAACUCCACCUUCGAAUUCAUGAUGAUGAGCGAAAAUACCAAUGUGAAGUUUGCAGUAAAUUGUUCAAGACUUCCAGCAAUUUACACGCCCACAAGAAAACGCAUUCAGAAGAAAGAAACUUCCCGUGCACGCUAUGCGAUCGUGCUUUCAGGACAUCUCAGGAACUGCGGAGCCACUCCGAUACUCAUAGCGCAGUUAAAAGUUACGUUUGUCAGCUUUGUGACAAUAAAGCCUUCCACAAGCAAUCCUAUCUGAACAGUCACAUUAAAACUGUUCAUAUUGGGGUAAAAAGGCACCGAUGUCAGGAUUGUGGAAAAAUAUUUUCCAAUAGUUCCAACCUGAUCGCUCAUCGUCGUGUCCAUAACGGCGAUAGACCGUAUGCGUGCGAUGAGUGUGACGCUAAAUUCACACAAUCUCCAGCCCUUCUACGGCAUAUCAAAGCUAAACACAGAUCUAAGCCAGAAAAGUCGACAGUUGCUGAAGUUACUGAUGAACCGAUAGAGCCUUCCAUUGACAUCGAUGAGAAUCGUUCGUUGGAUAGUGCGGUGAGUUCCGAACUAUCGGUAGCGACAUCGCUGAUAGAUAACCCGUCCUCGUUCAAUGAGACCUACAUGCCGAGUUAUGUGCCAACACAUUCGCAAGCAACGAUGCCACAGACGCAGAUGGCACCCGGACAUGCGUGUAAUUUGUAUCCCGGGGAGUUAUUCCAGUACCAAACCAACUCAACCCAUCACUAUCAGCAGCAGCACAUGGAUAUGGGCAGUUACGAUAUGAGUUAUACUAUGUCGACACAUUCGGUGCUGAAUCCAAGUCUGAUGAACCCUCAACCAACGUACAUUUUUGAUCAAUAAUAAAGGGACUUGAAAUAAAAUCAAAAUAGGGUAAAUGAUCUUGGUUUGUCCGAUUUGGGGUGUUUUUACGCAACUAGUAAAGCAAAUCAAUUUUUCUUCAUGAAAAUCGCACAUAAUCAAUACGAGUUUGGGUUUUUUGAA